GCUCAAUCUGACAGUUGAAAAUUGAGAUGAACGAAUGAAAGUAAAUAUACUUUGUUAGAUAGAAAGAAAUAUUUUCACGGAAUCAGCUUAUAUUGAUUUACGUUUAAAACAGUUCAGUACAAUGAUAAACAUGUUUUGCUGUCUUAAAGGGUGUAUAAACGGAUUCACGUUGACUCCAAGUGUUCCAGUACGGAUAAAGGAAAAUCCGAUUCAACUGGAUUCGCUACAUAUGGGUCAUGAAGUUGUUUUAGUAAAAAGUGGACAGCGAGCCUGUGGAUCAGGUUGUACUCUUGGCAAUGCACCGCUGGUACAAAACAAAGCUUACUUUGAAGUGAAGCUGCAGCAAGGAGGCGUAUGGGCAGUCGGACUUGCUACUAGGGAUACAGAUCUUAAUAGAGUACAUGGUGGGUUAGAUAAAGAGUCAUGGUGUCUAAACAGUGAUGGUACAGUCCGGCAUGACAACAUCGAGCUAUAUCACCUUAGGCCGGCAUCUUGUGACUCACCUACUGAACUGUUAGUGUCAACUGCGUCUGCCGAUGAGAAACCAGAAAGUGACAAGCCUGAUAGUACAGUAGCGGUUAUGCCAGUUGAAGGUGAUGUGAUCGGUAUAGCUUAUGAUCAUGUUGAGAUGAACUUUUUCUUAAAUGGAAAGAAUAUGGAGAUCCCAGUCAGGAAUAUUAAAGGAACUGUAUUUCCUGCUCUUUAUGUCGAUGACGGCGCCAUCUUGGAUAUAAUUUUAGACAACUUCCGGUACCCUCCUCCGUCGGGUUACGAGAAGAUUAUGGUAGAGCAGUCCCUCCUCUAAUUGUAUUUUGAAUUGUGUGUUUGACAAUCUUGUGGUACUGGUGACCUGUAUUAGGUAUCACAGGGUAUGAGACUGGAAUUUUUGUGUGCUUAUUUUAAAAUAUAAUUAACUACUUAUGCUUUACAGUGUUUUGUGCGUCAAGGUAUUAAUGAAUGAUUUUCUUAAAUUUGAUUGAUUUGAAUAAAUUGAAAUGCAAUGUUUUAACAAGUCAGUUUAAUAUUAUAACCGGUACAAUAUUGUGGACGUUUAACAAAAUUUGUAUACAAAAAUACUUGUAACUGCAAUUAUUAAAAAUAUUGUUUGUUUGUCUUAUAAGUACAAUUUUUUUAAUACCGUAUUAUAUUUUAAGUGAGAGUGUCUAUAGUUAAUCUCAGUUUUUUAAGUGUUAGUGAUAAGUGCUUCGUUGUUUUGUAACACUAUAAGGUAUGCUUUUGUGGACUUUAUUGUAAUGUGCUUAAUUUUACUUAAUGUAAAGAAAUUUGUUUAACAAGUUGAAUUAUAAAAAAUACUAUUUGGUAUAUAAAAAUAAGGUUUGCAUAUACGUAAUUUUUACAAGCAGAUAUUAAGAGCGGGCGGUUGUGCGAUUGUCGAUUGUUUCGCAAUCAAUCCAACUGUUUAGUUGUAUAACUAAAAAUUGAGUACCGUGUCCACCACCAUAUAAUCUCUUACGAAUCAAAGAGAGACUAAACAGUUGUGCGAUAGUUUAGUCUUAGGUACACGCAUGCUCUAACAGUGAAAAAUAAACCUUGAUUGUCAAUACGCUAAGAAUACCAUGCAAGGAAAACGCAGCUCUUCUAGAUUUCGUUGCGAACCGCUAGAUGGCGGUUAUACAGUUUCUUUUAAAUACGGAAUAUUACUGACAGUAUUGAAUUAAGGUCUUGAUAAUUUCUUAAUAGUUUUGUUAAUCUAUCUAGAUUUGUUUGUGCAGAAAAAUAAGGUUAUAAAAGUGUUCUAACUUCACCAAAAUAUUAGAGAAAUACAUUGAAAUUUUAUUAUCUCUGUUCACAUUUGUAGGUAAUUUAAAAAUACCCUUGGUGUGUAUCUGUUUCAGAUAAAAUGGAUUUAUAUUAAAUCUAUAGUAUUGUGUACAUAACUAGAUAUCCCUAGAAUUUUCAGUAAACAAAUCUUAAUGUUAAGGACUUAGGUCGUUAUAUUUCAUGAUCUCAAAUCAUGUUUGAUUCGUUCGUUUUACAAUUUAAUCCUUUUUAGUCACUUUAAUUUUUAAUUAUGUAUAAUUAAAAGUUAUAGUGUAUAUUAAUUUUCAUUGAAUUCCACUACAAAAUUAUAUGAAAACGGUUGGGAAAAAUCCUUUUUAUUUAUAAGGUGUGGCUUCCAUUGCUAAAUAGCGUAAAGGUAACCCCACUUAGUCCCCUAGACUUAGCUUAAAUCAUCGACAGGCAAUGCCCAUGGAUUACUAUUAGACAUUAUAGUCCUGCAUUUUGUCUCGAGAAAUUUUUCUAUGUUUUUGUUAUUUUUUUAAAUAACUAGCUGUUCCCGUGCAACUUCAUCCGCAGUAAAU